GUUAGUAGUAGUCUCUUUCCCUGUCUCUGUCUCUCUAUCUCUCUCUACACAGAACGAACACAGAGAGUGAGUAAGUGAUGGCCACCGUGCAGCUGUGGGAGACUCUCAAAGACUCCAUCGUCGCCUACACCGGUCUAUCUCCGACCACUUUCUUCACUCUCUUGGCUCUUCUAUUUGCCUUUUACUACGUCGUUUCUGGUCUCUUUGGCUCCUCUUCUUCUAACCGUCACCACCAAACCCGCCACUUCCAAGAAGAGGAGCUUCCUCCUCUUCGACCCCCUGUUCAGCUAGGUGAAAUCACCGAAGAACAACUCAAGGAAUACGAUGGCACCGAUAAUGAUAAACCCUUGCUCAUGGCUAUUAAGGGUCAGAUCUAUGAUGUGUCUCAGAGCAGGAUGUUUUAUGGACCCGGUGGACCUUAUGCUUUAUUUGCUGGGAAGGAUGCUAGUAGAGCUUUAGCAAAGAUGUCGUUUGAAGAGAAAGAUCUGACUGGGGAUAUUUCUGGUCUUGGCCCAUUUGAGCGCGACGCAUUACAGGACUGGGAAUACAAGUUUAUGGAGAAGUAUGUAAAGGUUGGAACUAUUAAAAAGGAAGUUCCAGUUACUGAUGCUGAAUCCAGCGGCGAACCAUCAGAAUCUACUCCCCGCGAUGUUGAUGCUGUUAAGCCAACUAAAGAUGACAAAUCAGAAACUGCUGCAGCUGUUAAAAGUGAUGAAACCCCUUCAAAUGUUGAAGCCGAUAAAGAGUAAUCCCACAAAGACAUUGCCAAAGAUUUAUGGAAAAGAGAAACACCAUAGUAGUUGCUGAAAAGGUUGAGCAAAUAUGUCAGGCAAGUUUCAUAGUUAGUGUUAGGCAUGUCACUUCUUAUGUACUGUUGCUUUGCUUGAAGUUAAACAUUCAGCCUGAUAAAUAAUAAAUUGUAGUGGUAAAUUCAAGUUAUAUCUUCAUUUUUCAUUCCAUAAAAUGAUAUAUUACGUAACGGUAACAGAUUAAUGACGUUCGAGGUCAUAUCUUGGGCUGAGUAGUGGUCUUUUGCAUACUUGUUAGUUGAAUAAUGCAUUGCUUUGUAGCAAAAAUAAAUGAAGUAUCGGUAUAUUGGACCUA